AUGGGCAUACUUUUUUCUUCCAUAUUCUCCCGUUUAUUUUCAAAUAGAGAAAUAAGGAUACUAAUUUUAGGGCUGGAUAAUGCUGGAAAAACAACCAUACUGAACAGAUUACAAUUGGGGGAGAUUGUUCAAACUAUUCCCACAAUUGGAUUUAAUGUGGAAACUGUAAAUUACAGGAACUUAAAAUUACAGGUAUGGGAUUUAGGGGGUCAAUCAUCCAUUAGGCCCUAUUGGAGAUGUUACUAUAAAAACACAAAUGCCAUUAUUUAUGUUAUUGAUAGUUCAGAUAGUGAAAGAUUGAUAAGUACGAAAUAUGAAAUUAAUAUGAUCCUCAAGGAGCCAGACUUGGAAGGAGUGCUGCUUGUAGUUUUUGCCAAUAAACAGGAUAUUCAGAAUUGUCUUUCCAUAUCUCAAAUAUCCAAAGAUUUAAGCUUAACGUCAAUACGAGACAGACAGUGGGCCAUUUUUAGCACCAGUGCUACUAAAAAUAUUGGAAUUACUGAUGCUUUGGAUUGGCUCGUGAAUAACAUAAAAUAA